AUGUUGAAUCUGUCAACUGCCAAUGGAUGGCUUUCCGGCCUCCUGCUGUUAUUGGUGGCCCUAGUCUGGAUGGAUGUCCCCGUGGGUGGUUUCCUCGCUUCCAGUAGUCGACCACCCUUUUUUCAUCAUCAUCAUUGUCCCACGGCUGCCACGAGGAGAACCCUCACGAGAACCACUAUUCAUGAGACUGAAGACAACGACCAAGUAGUACUCCAGCUGGAACGCAAGGUAUCCACCCUCACCAGUCAACUCAAGCGAGAAGAACGUCGAGCCACGGAAAGCCGCAACGAAUGGAUGUUGGAACGAACGCAACUGGCACACAAAAUAUCCGUCAUGACGACCUUGCUUCAACAAAGGGAAACCAAUCCACCACCUUCACCUUCACAACCAGAUCAUACACAACACCAACAGGCACUGGAACUCCAAUUGGCCAUGUCGCGCGAACACGAAGAAGAUCUCCUCCAAGAACAGGACCGACUUGUGCGAGAAGUCACUAUUUUGCAAAAUGAAAUUGUCAAUGUUCGCAACCUUCACAAGACGGAGCAAUACGUCUCGCAAGAUCUUCACUACCAACUCGACACUCUGACACAAGAGAGAGACGCGGAACGCAUGGAAUGGCAACGCAUGGUCGAAGCCCAAAAACGACACAUUGAAUCUUUGCAAUUGCAAGUGGAAUCCAUGGCGUAUGCACAAACGGUACCACAGGCACAAAAGACGGUACCAGCCACCAAAACUACCAAACGUAAAAAGACAACCAAAACCAAACGUAGAGCCCGCAACGAAACCAUGGCAGUGGUAGCCACUUAG